AUGCAGGUCCAGCAGCGGCUCUCGAUGCGCAGCAGCAGCAGCAGUACUCUUAGCAGCAGCGCGCGGCCGACCCUGGUCCCUCGGGCCCCUCGGAGGGCCGUGACAGUGCGCGCGGUGCAGCUGCCUAGCGGUGUCAGCGCUCCUCGUCGCACGCCCGUGGCCCCCGAGCCCAAGUUUGGCUUCGUCAACUGGGCUGAGAAGAUUAACGGCAGGGCGGCGAUGAUUGGCUUUAUGGGCACGCUGCUGGUGGAGGCAAUCGCGCACCGAGGCUUCCUGGAGCUCAUCGGCCUCACCGUCGGCAAUGGCUUGGGCUUCGAGCUUUGA